AUGCCGGAUGAACGUAAUAAGAAGCAGUGGACAACUGAAGAAGUGAGUAACCUAAUUGAAUCAUAUAGGGCACAUACAAAUUUAUGGAAUCCCAAGAACACAGAAUACAAAAAUCGUAUUAAAAAAAUGGAUUCUUUAAAAGAAAUUGCUAAACUUUUUAACACAAACUUUAACGAAGUUGAAAGAAAAAUAAAAAACCUUAUAACACAGUACCAGCGCGAAAGGCGAAAUUAUAAAAAUAUGAAAAAAUCAGGAGCCGGUCAAAUUUUUAAACCCAAAUGGUUUGGGUAUAAUUCAAUGUUAUUUUUAAAUGACAAAAACAAGCCGAGAAGAGGCGUCGAAGCUGGUGGAGACUAUUAUGAUGCGGAUGAUGAUUCUUCUGAUGAGGAAACUGGUGACUUAGAGCUCCAAAUGGAGAGUAGUAAUAGUUUAACAGAGGAACCUGACUCAGAUCAAACAAUGGCAGAGGGCAAUAAUACUCUUGGUACAGAGAAUCAAGAAGAAUUACCAUCUACUUCAAAAAAUAAUAAUAAUAAUUUUCCUGAAGUGGUAAAGGUAUCCGUAAAAAAAAAUAAAGUUAUACCUCCAGCAGCAGAGAAUAAUUUACAACAUCCUUUUGCUACUCCCAAAGUAUCGCAUCAAAAAAAGAAAUUGAAAACAGGCAAUGAUACAAGUGAAAGUCAAAGUAGCGAAAUUUUUGAAAUGAUGAAGUCCAUGUAUAAAAAGAAGGAUGAGACAGCAAAGCGUGAUGAAUUUGACGUAUUUGGUGAAAUGGUAGCACAUAACUUACGGAACCUAAAAUCAGAAUAUUCCAAAAUAUCUUUACAACAGCGUAUUACCAGCCUAUUAUAUGAGGCACGAAUUUCAUGCAAUUUUCCACAAAAUUCAAUGCAAUAUUUUACUACACCAUUGCCUUCACCGUCUCCUCCUUCCCCAUAUGCACGUACAUCGUCAUCAGCUUCAAGCUACGGAUCAGUUCUACAAAGUCACCAGCAAUAUCAAACUGUUAACCCUACAAGUUAUAAUAAUAACAUGGAGAAUCCGACUAUUUUGGAAAGUCAGCCACAAUAUCAAACUCUUAGCCCUACAAGUUUUAAUGAUGAUUUGGAGAAUACAAGUAUUUUGGAAAGGGCUUUUACUUCAGCUAUAAAUGAUAACAGUCAAAACAAACAAUAA